UGGGUAAUACCUCCCGUUUAUUUCAGUGUUUGCUUCAGUUCCUGUUACAUGGUGGCUAAAGUACAGAGAGUGUGGUGCAGUGUAGUCUACAGUCAGCAGAUUCAAACACCGUAAACAUGAUGAGUAUUGUUGUAUUUUAUCUGAAGAUCUCGCAGCUCUAAAUCUAUUUUAAAAGUCGUUUUUUUUCCUUUGUGGUAAUGGGAUCAAAGACAUGUAUACCUUUCUAGCCCUCUUUAUCCUGGCUGUGAGUCCCUCCAUUUGUAAAGGCCAACACGAGAACAUCUGCAACGUUGCCCCUAAAGAUCAGUACAUUGAAGUGGGAUCUGAUAUCAGUAUAGUCUGUCAGACUUCAUGCAUCAAUGGCAAAAUCUUCUGGACACUGAACAACAGACCUGUAGAUGAAAGCCUGUCAUACACAACCAGCCCCUCUCACACAGUCCUGACGCUGAGGAACUUCACUCACCACAGUGCUACACUGCAGUGCCACAGCAGGGCCACUCACCAAGUCCUUGGAGGCACCACCAUCAGAACCUACUCAAAACCCAGCAACAUAUCAUGCAUGUUGAGAAGUACAGAUCAGGAGGAACAGCUUUUACCAGACCUGUUCACAUGCACAUGGAAGCAUCGGCAUAAUUCUUCAGUGAAAGUACAAUAUAGUGUACUGAGUGCCUCUUCCCAGAGUGAGAUUUGUGGCUCACUUUGGCCUACAACAACAUGCACAGCCAAAGAUAUUGAAAGUUCAACAAUUCAGAUGGGGAUUACCAACAUCACUGUGAGAGCUAAAAUUGCUGCAUGGAACGUUGACUCUGACCCUUAUGAAUUUGACCCAAAACGCAGAUUGCAAAUUAUCCGUCCAAAGUUACGUGUAACUCCGUCCUCUGAUAAUGUGUUGGUCGAGUGGAGCCGGUCACUCUCGUCAGUGUCCGAGUGUCACUGUCAAGUCAAUUACAGCAAGGCUGUUGAUGGAAGAACUCUAGAGUGGAUAGAGAUCUAUAAGACUCUGGGGGAAGGCAAAAGGGAUGGGAAAGAGACCAUUAGAGCAGUGGAUUCCUGCAGUAACUACACAUUUUCAGUCCGCUGUGCUUUACACGAAGCACCCUGGAGCGAGUGGAGCGAGGAGAAGACCAUUCUGACCAAACUGAACAAAAAUGAUGUCAAGCUGCACCUGUGGAGAAAAAUAGCUGAACCACAGGAAAAUGGACUAAGAAAAGUUCAUGCCAUGUGGAUGGAGAUUCCCUCAGGAUGCGAAGAGACAUUUACCUACAAAAUCACACAGACUCCCUACAAGGAAAACAAGAAGGGAGUGAAUAAUACGGAAACGUUAUGUGGCAAGUCGACCUGCGACAUUGAUGUGAACCAAGAUGCACACAGAAUGACUCUCACCCUCUCCCAUGAAGAUGCUCUGUUUGUGGAGGACUCUGUUUAUGUUCCAGCCAUUGGCGAGAGCCUCCCUCAAAUUACCGACAUCCAGACGUCAACCCAUGAAGGUGUUAUUCUGGUCAACUGGAAGUCUCAGCCUGUCAGUGGUUACAUCAUCGACUGGACCCACGAUGGAAAUCAAUACUAUUGGAAGCAGAGCAAAUACACAAACACAACACUGACUGACCUCCUGGAUAAGAAGCCAUACAAUAUAACAGUAACUCCCCUCUUUGAUGACAAGACAGGUCAUGGCACACAAGCCCAUCAGAUCUGCUCCAGUUUAGGAGAUCCAGGAAACAUCACUAUCUCUGUCAAGGCCUAUGACAAAAGUGCAGAUGUGAGGAUUGUGAUGUCUCAGGAGACAUGCAGUGGUAUCAUUGUCAACUACACUGUCUUCCUCAGUGCACAGGAAAGACCACAGCUCAAUGUAACUGUGGAUGGCACAGAGCAGUACAUCUCUUUGAAAGAUCUGAAUCCAGACACCCACUACAGCGUCUACGUCGAGGCCACAGCUCUUACUGGAUCUACCAAAAGCAGUGAGACGUUCCUCUUUAAAACACAAAAGUUUGGUCCCGGGCUCAUCGCAGCAGUCAGUGUCUGUGGAAGCAUCAUUAUACUUCUCGUGUUAUCUCUUGGAUUAUGCUGUGCUGUCCAGUGGAAGAGAUUCAGGGAGAAGCCGGUGCCAGAUCCUGGCAGCAGUUCUGUGGCGUUGUUGCUGUCGCCAAGUCGUCAAGAUGAGGGAAUAUGUCCCUUCCCGCCGUUCAGUAAUCCACGUGAAAGCAUCUGUGAGAGGGUUUACACAGUGGAAACUCAGAAAACGUCCACCUCUCCACUUGCCCAAGGAUGUAAUGAAAAGCCAGCCAGUCACCAGACAGAGGAAGACGUUGACCCGGUCACGGUUCCAGCACCACACGUAGAGAAUAAAGACCCAGUGGACGCUGUAGAGACACAGCAUCUGUCUUCUCCUGAUGACUCCACAGCUCUGCUUCCCUCAGAGAACUACCCGAGCAGCCCGUAUCGAAGUCAGACUCCUGUGCAAAGUCCCACCAGUAAAAGUUGUAAGCAUAUUCCAAUGAAUCAGCCAGAGAAGACGACACCAAUGACAGUUUAUGUAACUAUGGACAUGUUUGCACAAGGCCAGGGCAGAUGAGAGGACUGGAAACAACUUGCCGAGAAUCAAGAUGUCAGCUCUGAGAAAAACAGAUUAAUUCUUGCCAAAGACUUGCAUGGUCGUGUUUGGCAUUAUCCUGCUUGGCACUGUGUCCACUGUAUAAUAUCAAAUUUCAUAACCAAGGUCAUAAAAUGUUUUGUGUAAAUUAAAGUACAUCAAAUAUAGUUAUUGUUGAUUGAUGUAAAUGUAAUAUUUAUAGCUAUGUGUAUAAUAGCUGCUUUAUUGAGUAAUAUUAACGUCUUUUACAGGACUUUUUUUUUUACAUUACAUGGAGAUAACUGUAUAUCCCUUUAGCAACAGUUUUUUCCCCUCAUUUGUCUCAUUUUUUUUCCGCGGUGAUGACGUCUAUGCCAUGAUGUGGACCAUUCAGAACUCUUAAAAGAAAUUGCACUUAUUUUAAGAGGUUUUGCUUUUUAUACAGCAAAGAAAUAACGGCCUAAAUUAUCUAGUGGAAGUUGAAAUUAUGACAUUAAACAUAUAUAUAUGUACAGUCUGUAUUAUAUUAAACUAUAUAGCAUUAUUAUUAUUAUUAUGUAAGUCGUGGAAAUUAUAUUUUGAAGUAAAAACCUGAAUAUUAGCCAUGUAUUAUGAUAAGCUUGUCGUAUGUUUUCUGUGUUAUCCAUCAUAUCUUAUGACAGUAGGAAACUGCUCACUUUUCACCAGAAAGCUUCCUAUGCAAAUUGGCAUCACAUUUAACAGUGACACACACACACACACACACACACACACACACACACACACACACACACACACACACACACACACACACACAUAAGUUGUGUAGAAUUUAUUGUUUCAUAGCAGAUUUUACAUGUGCCUGAGAUAGUUUUGUUCUUUUAGGGAAAAAUUGAGGACCAAUGCCAUCAGAACUGCACUCAACAAGGUGUUUACAGCUCUAAUGCUUUAUUUCAUUUUGUUAGAGUUCAAACUUUAUUAACUUCCAAAGGAUACUGCAACAUUUAAUAAUUAUUCUCCAAGUUAAGCAGGUUCGAAAACUGUUAUGAAUUUAGAGCCUUAUUUCUAUUGAACAUGUAACAACAACAAUAUGCAUAAGGAGGGGUUUGAAGCAGAAAAUCACACUGGACAAGAAUAUUUAAUAAGAAAAUUGAAUAAAGUGAAUAAUUUGUGUUUUA